AUGUAUGGGGAGGUCGCUGAAUGUCACAGUGACGAGUUUCAGUGCCAACCUGGGCAUUGCAUCGACGCGUCCUGGCGGUGUGAUGGGACCAGAGACUGCGGGAACGGCGCGGAUGAAAUCGGCUGCCCUCAUUCUACUUGCCGUUCCAACCAGUUCCUGUGUCGCAGUGAAGAGACGUGCAUCCCUGUCCUCUGGGUGUGUGACGACGAGGAGGACUGUACUGAUGGCUCAGAUGAACGUCAGCAUUGCCCUGGGAGAACAUGCUCAAGCCAUCAGUUUACGUGCGACAAUGGUGAAUGUAUCCCUGCGGAAUUCAGAUGCGACCAUUCCACAGACUGCUUAGAUGGAACGGAUGAGAAAAACUGCCGGUACCCGAUAUGUGAGCAGCAGACUUGUGCCAACGGAGCCUGCUAUAACACCAGUCAGAAGUGUGAUGGGGAGAUGGAUUGCAGAGACUCCUCGGAUGAAUUCAACUGCACUCGCCGAUGCUUGCGCAAUGAGUUUCAGUGUGGCAGUGGAGAGUGCAUUUAUAAAACCUACAUCUGCGACCAUGACCUUGACUGUGAAGAUGGCAGUGAUGAACAUUCUUGUUCUUAUCAGACCUGCAAAGGCAACGAAUUCACCUGCCCCAACGGCUUCUGCAUUAAUCAGGAUUGGGUCUGUGAUGGAGAAGGUGACUGUGUAAAUAAUGCUGAUGAAGAUGGAUGUGAAAGCAGCACUAAUCGUACGUAUGACUGUUACCCAAAUGAGUGGGCUUGUCCAAAGUCUGGAAAAUGCAUUCCAAUUUCUAAAGUUUGUGAUGGGACUUUAGAUUGUCCAGGAGGAGAAGAUGAAAACAAUACGACUGCAAGACAACACUGUGGUGUGGAUUUGUGUCCGUUCUUGGGCUGUGAGUACCAAUGCCACAAGUCGCCAGGUGGAGGCGAGUGUUACUGUCCCUCAGGUUUUAUCGUCAACAAAAAUAGCACCCAUAACUGUGUCGAUUUUGACGAUUGCAAGAUGUGGGGAGUUUGUGACCAGGUGUGUGAAGACCGAGUUGGCCAUCACCGGUGCCACUGCGUGGAGGGCUAUAUCCUGGAGCACGAGCAGCGCUGCAGGGCUAAUUCUUCUUUUGGUGAGGCCUCUGUGAUCUUCUCCAAUGGUCGGGAUUUGCUAAAGGGUGAUAUCCAUGGCAACACCUUUGAGAUCCUGGUAGCGUCUGAAAAUCGUGGAUCGGCUGUGGGUGUAGAUUUUCACUAUCACCUACGCAGAGUCUUUUGGACUGACGUUGUGCAAAAUAAGGUUUUUUCAGUUGGCAUUAAUGGUUUAGAUAUCCAAGAAGUUCUCAAUGUUUCUGUUGAAGACCCAGAGAAUCUGGCUGUGGACUGGGUAAAUAAUAAGCUUUAUAUUGUGGAGACCAGUGUCAAUUGCAUAGAUAUGGUAAAUCUGGACGGAAGCCAGCGGGUUACCAUUAUAACUGAGCAUCUGGGACACCCUAGAGGGAUCGCCGUGGACCCAACUGUUGGUUAUUUAUUUUUCUCAGAUUGGCGGAGCCUUUCUGGGGCACCUAAGAUAGAAAGGGCUUUCAUGGAUGGCUCCAACCGUAAAAACUUGGUAACAAAAAAGCUGGGAUGGCCUGCUGGGAUAACCCUGGACUUGAUAUCAAAGCGUGUUUACUGGGUGGACUCCCGGUUUGAUUACAUUGAGACUGUAACUUAUGAUGGAAUUCAAAGGAAGACAGUAAUUCACGGAGGCGCGAACAUUCCUCAUCCCUUUGCAGUAAACUUGUUUGAAGAUCAUGUGUUCUAUACGGAUUGGACUAAGAUGGCUGUAAUGAAGGCAAACAAGUUCACGGAGAGCAGCCCACGGCUGUACUACCAGUCUUCCCUGAGGCCAUUUGGGGUGACUGUUUACCAUGCCCUCAGGCAGCCCUAUGCUAGCAAUCCCUGUGCAGAUAACAAUGGGGGCUGUCAGCACAUCUGUGUCCUGAGCCACAGAACAUUUAAUGGUGGUUUGGGCUACCGUUGCAAGUGCAGGCUCGGCUACAUUCCGGACAUGGACGACUACCACUGCGUCGCCGCUGAGCAGUUUCUGUUCUUUUCAUCGAAUGUGGCUGUCCGUGGCGUCCCACUCACCCUCUCUCACCAGGCAGAUGUCAUCCUUCCAGUGACAGGAGGUGCUUCCGUCUUUGUUGGGAUUGAUUUUGAUGCCCAGGAGAAGGCUAUCUUUUUUUCAGAUACAACAAAAGACAUGAUUUGUAAACAAAAGAUCGAUGGCACAGGAAGAGAAGUUAUCACAGCUAACAGGGUGCCAAGUGUUGAAAGUCUGAGUUUUGACUGGAUUUCAAAGAAUCUCUAUUGGACGGAUGCUUCUUAUAGAACUGUCAGUGUCAUAAGGCUAGCUGAUAAAUCAAGACGCACAAUAGUCCAGAAUUUAAAUAACCCACGAUCAAUUGUAGUUCAUCCUAUUGCUGGGUAUAUAUUCGUCACUGAUUGGCACCGUCCUGCUAAAAUUCUGAGAGCGUGGAGUGAUGGGUCUAACCUUUUGCCUAUAGUAAACACUACCCUUGGGUGGCCCAAUGGGUUGGCCAUUGAUUGGAGUUCUUCACGAUUGUACUGGGUAGAUGCCUUUUUUGAUAAAAUUGAGCACAGUACCUUUGAUGGUUUAGAUAGAAAAGCCCUGGCCAGUAUACAGCAGAUAACACAUCCAUUUGGACUUGCUGUCACUGAAGACUAUAUAUAUUUUACUGACUGGAGACUGCGUGGAAUUGUUCGAGUCAGGAAAUCGGACGGUGGACAGUUGGUGGUUCUCCGAAGUGGCGUCGGUAUCGUAAUGCAUGUGAAAGUAUAUAAUACCAGAAUCCAGACUGGGUCUAACGCCUGCAACCGACCCGCCAAUCCGAAUGGCGACUGCAGCCACUUCUGCUUCCCAGUGCCAAAUCUGCAGCGAGUGUGUGGUUGCCCCUAUGGAAUGAGUCUGACUGCCGAUCGUCUGACGUGCGUGGAAAACCCGUCCCGUGAGCCACCAUUGGAGCAGUGUGGCACCUUUUCCUUCCCCUGUAACAACGGCAGAUGUGUGUCCAUUCACUACCGCUGUGACGGAAUUGAUGACUGCCAGGAUAACAGUGAUGAGGUUCAGUGUGGCACAUUUAAUGCUUCCUGUUCACCUUCAGCAUUUGCGUGCAGCCACGGAGGACGGUGCAUCCCUUCAUACUGGCGCUGCGACAGAGAGGAUGACUGUGAGGAUGGCAGUGACGAGCGGAACUGCCCCACCCACGCGCCCACUACCUGCCGAGCAGACUUCUUCACCUGUGAUAAUCGCGCGUGUAUCCCGAAGAGCUGGCUCUGCGACACAGAUAAUGAUUGUGGCGAUGGAUCCGAUGAAAGGUCAUGCGAUCAUACAGAGACAUGCUUACCUAAUCAGUUUCGUUGCCCUAAUCAUCGAUGUAUUGGCCUGUCUUUUGUCUGUGAUGGAAUCAAUGACUGUGCUGAUGGGUCUGAUGAGAAUGGUUGUAUAAUUAAUUGCACCGCUUCUCAAUUCAGAUGUGUCGCUAGCGGUAAUUGUAUUAGCAACACAUAUCGCUGUGAUGGUGUUUUUGACUGCAGUGACCACUCUGAUGAGACAGAUUGUCCAACCAGGCCUCCUGGUAUGUGCCACCAAGAUGAAUUCCAGUGCCAAGCAGAUGGCAUCUGCAUUCCGAAGGUCUGGGAGUGUGAUGGGCACCGAGACUGCCUCCACGGAUCCGAUGAGCACAACGGCUGUGCCCCCAAAACCUGCCCUUCGUCUCAUUUCCUCUGUGACAAUGGAAACUGCAUCUACAGAGAGUGGCUCUGUGAUGGGGACAACGACUGCACGGAUAUGAGUGAUGAGAAGGACUGCCCUACUCAGGCCUUUCGGUGCCCCAGCUGGCAAUGGCAGUGUCCCGGCGUCAGCGUCUGUGUGAAUCUGAGUGCGGUGUGUGAUGGCAACCACGACUGCCCCGGGGGGACAGAUGAGUCCCCACUUUGCAACCAGGAGAGCUGCUCGGAUUCCAACGGCGGUUGUACUCACCAGUGCAUGCAAGGGCCUUACGGGGCUCAGUGCCAGUGUCCAUCAGGAUACCUGCUUGCCAAUGAUUCUAAGACCUGUGAAGACAUAAAUGAGUGUCGUACUCCAGGCUUUUGUAGCCAGCACUGUUACAACAUGAGAGGUUCUUUCCGGUGCUGGUGUGAUUCGGAAUACAGGUUAGACGCUGACCGUAGGACUUGCAAAGCCACAGCGUCUGAGGGUCUGCUGUUACUCGUGGCAAGUCAGAACCAGCUUGUUGCUGACAACAUCACCAGACAGGAGCACUCCAUCCACGCCCUGGUCCAGGAUGGGUCUCACAUUGUGGCUGUUGAUUUUGAUUCAGUCAGUGGUCGUAUCUUUUGGUCUGAUGGAACUCAGGGUAAAAUCUGGAGUGCAUUUCAAAAUGGGACAGAUAGAAAACUAGUACUUAACAGUGGUGUCACCAUGACUGAAAGUAUCGCGGUAGAUUGGAUAGGACGCAAUCUUUACUGGACAGACUUUUCUCUGCAGACAAUUGAAGUCUCUAAACUGGAUGGGAGCCACAGGACUGUGCUGCUUAGUGAAAACAUAACAAAUCCAAGGGGACUAGUGUUAGAUCCCAGAACUACUGGCCGUGUGAUGUUCUGGUCUGACUGGGGCCAUCGCCCUCACAUUGAGCGAGCUAGCAUGGAUGGCGGCCUGCGCACCGUCAUCAUCCAGGAGAAGGUUUUCUGGCCCAACGGCUUAGCCAUUGACUACCCCAACAGGCUGCUCUAUUUCAUGGAUGGCUAUCUCGAUUACAUAGACUAUUGUGAAUACGAUGGCAGCAACCGGCGCCAGGUGAUAGCCAGUGACUUGACUCUGCGGCAUCCCUACUCCCUCAGUCUCUUUGAAGAUUCCGUGUACUGGAGUGACCGUGCUACUCAUGAGAUCAUGAGAGCCAACAAGUGGCACGGGGGGAACCAGUCAGUGGUGCUCUCUCUUCACCAGCCCCUUGGAAUUGUUGUGGUUCACCCUGCAAAACAACCAGUUUUCGUAAAUCCAUGCCUCUACGCCCGAUGCAGCCACCUGUGCCUGCUCUCCUCGGAGAGGAUCUACUCCUGCGCUUGUCCCUCAGGAUGGAGUCUCUCUCGUGAUUCUGUGACUUGCGUGCGAGGUGAUGAUGCAUUCUUAAUAGUUGUAAGACACAGUAUAAUUUUUGGAAUCUCCCUUAAUCCUGAAGUGAAGACCUUUGAUGCUAUGCUGCCCAUAUCAGGGAUACAAAAUGGUUAUGAUGUUGUAGUUGAUAACUCAGAGCAAUUCAUCUAUUGGCUUGAAAAUCCAGGUGAAAUUCACAGAGUGAAGACUGACGGCACCAACAGGACGGUGUUUGUUCCUCUCUCAAGGUUGGGGUCUUCUAUGAGCCUGGCCUUAGAUUGGCUAUCAAGAAACCUUUAUUAUACCAAUCGUGGAACUCAGUCAAUUAAGGUUUUGACACUCCGAGGAGAGGUCAGAUACGGAAAAACACUGAUUACCAAUGAUGGGACGAAUCUUGGAGUUGGUUUUCCAGUUGGCAUAGCUGUUGAUCCUAUUAAUGGGAAACUGUACUGGUCAGACCGAGGAACCGACACUGGCAUUCCCCCCAAGAUUGCCAGCGCUCACAUGGAUGGCACAGCUCGAAAAACUCUCUUUACCGGGAGCCUUGAGAAUGUGGCGUUUAUCACCCUCGAUAUUGAGGAGCAGAAGCUCUACUGGGCAGUCAGCAGCACGGGAGUGAUUGAAAGAGGGAACGUGGAUGGUACAAAUCGAAUGGUCCUGGUGAACCAUCUUUCCUACCCCUGGGGACUUGCUGUCUAUGGCCCCUUCCUGUAUUAUACCGAUGAAGAAUAUGAGGUCAUCGAAAGAGUCGACAAGGCAACCGGGGCCAACAAAAUAGUCUUGAGAGAUAACAUCCCAAAUCUCAGGGGCCUUCGAAUUUAUCAAAGACAUGGCUCUGAAUCCUCGAACGGCUGCAGCAACAACGUGAAUGCCUGCCAGCAGAUUUGCCUGCCUGUACCAGGAAGACUGUUCUCGUGUGCCUGCGCCACCGGAUUUAAACUCAAUCCUGAUAAUCGGACCUGCUCUCCAUAUAACUCUUUCAUUGUUGUCUCCACGCUGUGGGCAAUCAGGGGCUUUAGCUUGGAGUUGUCAGAUCACUCAGAAGCCAUGGUGCCGGUGGCAGGCCAAGGACGAAACGCACUGCAUGUGGAUGUGGACGUAUCUUCUGGCUUCAUUUAUUGGUGUGAUUUUAGCAACUCUGUGCUGUCUAACAAUGCAAUCCGUAGAAUCAAACCAGAUGGGUCUAGUUUUACAAACAUCAUUACAGAUGGGAUAGGAGAAAAUGGAGUCCGGGGUCUUGCAGUGGAUUGGGUAGCAGGAAAUCUUUACUUCACCAAUGCUUUUAGGUCUGAAACCCUGGUAGAAAUUCUGAGGAUCAACACCACCCACCGCCGUGUUCUCCUUAAAACCACAGUGGAUAUGCCCAGGGAUAUCGUUGUAGACCCCAAGAACAGAUACCUCUUCUGGGCUGACUAUGGGCAAAACCCAAAGAUUGAACGUGCUUUUCUUGAUUGUACCAAUCGAACUGUGCUUAUAUCAGACAUCGUUGCCACACCGCGGGGCUUGGCAUUGGACUUUAGCAGUGGCUAUGUUUAUUGGGUUGAUGACGCUCUGGAUUUAAUUGCAAGGAUCAGGAUUGAGGGAGGGCAGUCUGAAGUGAUUCGUUUUGGCAGUCGUUACCCAACUCCUUAUGCCAUCACUGUAUUUGGAAGUUCUAUCAUAUGGGUAGACAGGAAUUUAAAAAAAAUCUUGCAAGCUAGCAAGGAACCAUAUGAAACAAAUCCACCCACGGUGAUAAGGGACAAUAUUGAUUGGCUAAGAGAUGUGACCGUCUUUGACCAGAACGUCCAGCCCCGGUCACCAGCAGAGGUCAACAACAACCCUUGCUUGGGAAAUAACGGAGGGUGCUCCCAUUUCUGCUUUGCUCUGCCGAAAUCGCCCGCCCCAAAAUGUGGCUGUGCCUUUGGGACCCUACAAGGCGAUGGCAAGAGCUGUGUCAUUUCACCGGAAAACUUCCUCAUCUUUGCCUUGGAUGAUUCCUUGAGGAGCUUGCACUUUGACCCUGAAGACUAUAGUCAACCUUUCUCAGCAAUAAGUGUGGAAAGAAUUGCCGUGGCCCUAGACUACGACAGCAUAGAUGACAGAAUCUACUUCACUCAAAUCUUACAAUCUGGAAGAGGCCAGAUUUCCUAUAUCAACCUGAAUGCAAGGAGCCGUUCUCCCACCGUUGUUGUUUCGGGCAUAGGGAGUCCUGAGGGCAUUGCCUUUGACUGGAUCAAUAGAAGAAUUUAUUACAGUGACUACACCAACCAGACGAUUAGGUCCAUUGCCACGGAUGGGUCUAAGCACGCUGUGAUAGCCCGGGUUACAAAGCCACGAGCAAUUGUGUUAGAUCCUUGCCAAGGGUACAUGUAUUGGACUGACUGGAGCGCUAAUGCCCAAAUUGAGAGAGCCACGCUGGGAGGAAACUUCCGGGAAUCCAUCGUGAGCAGUAACCUGGUCUGGCCCAACGGGCUCACUCUGGACUAUGAAGAAGACGUUCUCUACUGGGCCGAUGCUAAUCUGCAGAAGAUUGAGCGCAUCACUCUAGACGGCCUGGAGCGGGAGGUCAUUGUCAGCAGAGCUAAUAAUCCUUUUGGCUUGGCUGUCUACGGCCAGUAUGUUUACUGGACUGACUGGUUCACUAAAAGAAUUUACCGCGCGAACAAAUAUGAUGGGUCAAGUCAGACUGCAAUGACCACGACUCUUCCCUUCCUGCCUAAGGGUAUUCGUGCUGUCGUGAAGAACCAACAGCAGUGUCACAAUCCUUGCAGUCAGUUUAAUGGGGGCUGCAGCCAUAUUUGUGCUCUAGGUCCAAAUGGCCCCGAGUGCCAGUGCCCACAUGAGGGCCACUGGUACCUGGCCAACAACAAUAAGUACUGCAUCCAGGAUAAUGGUACAAGGUGUGAUAGUUCCAAGUUCACCUGCCUCACUGGAAAAUGCAUCCCGGUGCAGUGGAAAUGUAAUUUCAUCGAUGACUGUGGUGACAGCAGUGAUGAGCUGGAAACUCUCUGUGCGUAUCACACCUGCCCUUCGACAAGCUUCACCUGUGCCAACGGGCGAUGUGUCCAGUAUCGUUACCGCUGUGAUCACUACAACGACUGUGGGGACGACAGCGAUGAGGCAGGGUGCCUGUUCAGGCCUUGUAACGAAACCACGGAACAUACUUGCAGUAAUGGAAAGUGCAUCCCUCUUGACUUAGUCUGCGAUGGAUUGGACCACUGCCACGAUCACAGUGCCUCAGAUGAGAAAAAUUGCUCUGCUCGCACUUGCCAGCCCGGAUACAUAAAAUGUACGAAUUCAACUCUUUGUAUCCCUCAUCUUUUCUUGUGUGAUGGAGACAACGACUGUGGAGAUAUGAGUGACGAAAACCCCAUUUUCUGCGCCUCUACGUCGUGUAAGAACAAUGAGUUCCACUGCACCUCUGGGUCCUGUAUUCCUAGCCUCUGGUAUUGUGAUCAUGAAAGAGAUUGUUCUGACGGCUCUGAUGAACCUGACACUUGUGGUAAGAGCUUCCCUGAGUCGACAUGCUUCAGUGAUGAAUUCAAGUGUGACAAUAACAGGUGCAUCCAAGCAGACUGGGUCUGUGAUGGUGAUAAUGACUGUGGGGACAUGAGUGACGAGGACGGAAGACACCACUGUGAGAGUCACAGCUGCUCAAGUUCCGAGUUUCUCUGUGUGAAUAGCGCGCCCCCGUCCAGGAAGUGCAUCCCUCAGUCGUGGGUCUGCGACGGCGACGUGGACUGCUCCGACGCCUACGACGAGCACCAGAACUGCAGCAGGAGGUCCUGCUCGGAGACGGAGUUCACCUGUGCCAACGGACUGUGUGUCCCCAACUGGUUCAGGUGUGACCGACGCAACGACUGUGGUGACUACAGUGAUGAGAGGGAGUGCGUGUACCCCGCUUGUGACGAGACCCACUUCACCUGCCAGAACGGGCUCUGCAUCUACCAGGCCCUUGUGUGUGACGGGGACAACGACUGCGGAGACGACUCCGAUGAGCUGCAGCACGUGUGCCACGCCCAGGAAACCACGUGUCCGCCCCAUCAGUUCAGGUGUGACAGUGGGACCUGCAUCGAGAUGGGGAAGGUCUGCAACCACCUCGAUGACUGUUUAGACAACAGUGAUGAGAAGGGAUGCGGCGUUAAUGAAUGCAAUGAUCCUUCACUCAGUGGCUGUGACCACAACUGCACAGACACCUUAACCAGUUUCUAUUGUUCUUGUAACCCUGGUUACAAGCUGUUGUCUGACAAGAGGACGUGCGUUGAUAUUGACGAAUGCAAGGAGACACCCUUCGUCUGCAGCCAGCAGUGUGAGAACUUACUGGGCUCUUACAUCUGCAAGUGUGCCCCAGGCUACAUCCGUGAGCCGGAUGGAAAGACCUGCCGGCAGAACAGCAACAUCGAGCCCGAUCUCAUUUUUAGCAACCGUUACUAUUUAAGAAAUCUAACUAUCGAUGGACAUUUAUACUCCCUCAUCUUGCAAGGACUGGGUAAUGCUGUGGCAUUGGAUUUUGACCGAGUAGAAAAGCGAUUGUACUGGCUUGAUAUAGAGAAUAAAGUCAUUGAGAGAAUGUUUCUGAAUAAGACAAACAGAGAGACAGUCCUGAAGUACAAUCUGCCGGGUGCAGAAAGUCUGGCUGUCGACUGGGUUACCAGAAAGCUUUACUGGGUGGAUUCCCACCUGAACUGCCUCUCUGUCUCUGACCUCAAUGGUCGGUACCGCCGCCGGCUGGCCGAGCACUGUGUAGAUGCCAGCAAUACCUUCUGCAUUGAGCAUCCCAGAGGAAUUGUCCUGCACCCUCGCUAUGGGCAUGUCUACUGGGGAGACUGGGCCGACCAAGCAUACAUUGGGAGAGUAGGCAUGGACGGAACCCAGAAGUCUGUGAUUAUCUCUACCAAGAUCAAGUGGCCCAAUGGCCUCACCAUUGAUUACACCAAUGAUCUACUCUACUGGACAGAUGCCCACCUGGGUUACAUUGAGUACUCGGAUUUGGAGGGCAACCAUCGGCACACGGUGUACGAAACUGGGACACUGCCUCACCCCUACGCUGUUACUGUUUUUGAAGACACCAUUUAUUGGACAGAUUGGAACACAAAGACGGUUGAGAAGGGACACAAAUACAAUGGGUCAGAUAGGGUGGUGCUGGUGAACACGACACACAGACCGUACGACAUCCAUGUGUAUCAUCCCUACAGGCAGCCAAUUGUGAGUAAUCCCUGCAGUACCAACAAUGGUGGCUGUUCUCAUCUUUGCCUCAUCAAAGAAGGAGGUAUUGGAUUCACUUGCGAGUGUCCAGAUAACUUCCACACAGUCCGGAAUAGUUACAGCACUCAGUGCGUGCCCAUGUGCUCCAGCACCCAGUUCCUGUGUGCCAACCUGGAAAUGUGUAUUCCUAUCUGGUGGAAAUGUGAUGGGCAGAGAGACUGCUUGGAUGGCUCCGACGAACCCCUAACUUGCCCACAGCGCUACUGCCGUUUAGGACAGUUCCAGUGCGUGGACGGCAACUGUACCAGCGCACACUUCAUCUGCAACGCUCGUCAGGACUGCCCUGAUGGGUCUGAUGAAGACUCUGUUCUCUGUGAGCAUCACCAGUGUGAGUCCAACGAGUGGCAGUGCGCCAACAAGCGUUGCAUCCCGGAAUCCUGGCAGUGUGACCUGGAGGACGACUGCGGAGAUAACUCGGACGAAGACAGCGCCCACUGUGCCAGCAGGACCUGCCAGCCGGGCUAUUUCAAGUGUGCCAAUGGCCACUGCAUCCCUCAGAGCUGGAAGUGUGAUGUAGACAACGACUGCGGAGACUACUCAGACGAGCCCCUCCAGGAAUGCUUGAGCCCUGCCUAUCGCUGUGACAACUACACGGAGUUCGACUGUAAAACAAACUACCGCUGCAUCCCGAAGUGGGCUGUGUGCAACGGUUUCGACGACUGCCGGGACAACAGUGACGAGCAGGGCUGUGAGGCGAUGACAUGCAAACCUUCUGGGGAGUUUCGCUGUACAAAUCACCGCUGCAUCCCUCUUCGCUGGAGAUGUGAUGGGCACAAUGACUGUGGAGACCAAUCAGAUGAGGAGAACUGUGCGCCCCGGGAAUGCUCAGAGAGCGAGUUUCGAUGUGACGAUCAGAGCUGCAUCCCUUCUCGAUGGGUCUGUGACCAGAACAAUGACUGUGGGGACAACUCAGACGAGCGGGACUGCGAGAUGAUGACCUGCCAUCCUGGGUAUUUCCAGUGCGACAGUGGGCACUGCGUUCCUGACCAAAUGAAAUGCGAUGGAUUUGCCGACUGUCACGAUGCCUCUGAUGAAAGCUCUUGCCCCACGCGCUUCCCCAAUGGUGCAUACUGCCCGGCGACUAUGUUCGAAUGUAAAAAUCAUGUUUGCGUCCAGUCAUCGUGGAAAUGUGAUGGUGAUAACGACUGUGGUGAUGGUUCCGAUGAAGAACUUCAUCUGUGCUGUGAUGUGCCCUGUGAUUCGGCAUACCGUUUCCGCUGUGACAACAAUCGCUGCAUCUAUCGCCACGAGCUGUGCAACCAAGAGGAUGACUGUGGAGAUGGCAGUGACGAGAAGAAGGAGAACUGUGUAGAACCGACUCCUAGACCUUGUACCGGAGAUGAAUUUAAGUGUAGCAAUGGACGCUGCAUCUCGCAGCACCUGGUGUGUGAUGACGUCGAUGACUGUGGUGACCAUUUUGAUGAGACGGGAUGCAAUACAGGAAAAGAAAGAUCAUGUGCUGAAAAUCUAUGUGAACACAACUGUACCCAGUUAAGUGAAGGAGGCUUCAUCUGCUCCUGUAGACCUGGAUUCAAAGCCAAUAGUUUUGACAGAAACUCCUGUGAAGACGUCAACGAAUGUGAGCACUUCGGGGUUUGUACCCAGCGCUGCCACAACACCAAAGGAAGCUAUGCGUGUUCCUGUGCCCAAGGGUUCAGGUCUGUGAGUGACGGCCACGGAGGACGGUGCGCAGCGGACGGUAACCCUCCCUUGCUGCUACUGCCUGAAAACGUGCGAAUUAGAAAAUACAACCUGUCCUCUGAGAAGUUCUCCGAGUACCUUGAAGACCAGGAACGCAUUCAGGCUGUGGAUUACGACUGGGAUCCGGAGGGCACAGGCCUCAGUGUGGUGUAUUACACUGUGCUCGGGCACGGCUCUAACUUUGGUGCUCUCAAACGUGCCUACAUCCCCAACUUUGAGUCCGGCAGCAAUAAUCCUGUGGAGGAAGUGAGUCUGGACCUGAAAUACAUAGUGCAGCCAGAUGGAGUAGCAGUGGACUGGGUUGGAAGGCAUAUUUACUGGUCAGAUGCCAGGAGUCAGCGGAUCGAGGUGGCUGAACUUGAUGGAAGGUACAGAAAGUGGCUGAUUUCUACUCAACUGGAUCAACCAGCUGCAAUAGUUGUGAAUCCCAAACUAGGGUUUAUGUACUGGACAGACUGGGGCAAGGAACCUAAAAUCGAGUCUGCUUGGAUGGAUGGGCAGCAUCGGAAAGUCCUAGUUCAGGAGGACCUUGGUUGGCCAACCGGCCUUUGUAUAGAUUAUGUGAAUGGUGACCGGGUCUACUGGAGUGACCUCAAGGAGGACAUUAUUGAAACCAUCAAAUACGAUGGGACCGAUAGGAGAGUUGUUGCAACUGCAGCAAUGAACCCUUACAGCCUGGACAUCUUCGAGAGCCAGUUAUACUGGACAUCUAAGGAUAAGGGAGAAGUAUGGGUCCAAGAUAAGUUUGGGCGUGCCGGGAAAGAGAAACUGCUGGUAGUGAACCCUUGGCUCACCCAAGUUCGAAUCUUCCAUCAACAGAGAUAUAAUCAGUCAGUGCCCAACCGCUGUAAAAAGGUCUGCAGCCACCUUUGCCUUCUGAGACCCGAGGGAUACACCUGUGCCUGUCCGCAGGGCUCCAGAUUUGUAGAAGGGAGCGUCACUGAGUGUGAUGCAGCCAUCGAAAGUCCUGUCAUCAUGCCCCCUCCAUGCAGAUGUAUGAACGGAGGAAACUGCUAUUUUGAUAAGAAUGACCUCCCCAAAUGCAAAUGUCCUAGUGGCUACACGGGAGAUUAUUGUGGAAUAGGGCUUUCAAAAGGCAUUCCUCCUGGAACAACCGCGGCCGUGCUGUUGACGGUCAUUCUGAUCCUCGUAAUUGCAGCUUUAGUGACAUUGGGAUUUUUCCACUAUCGGAAAACGGGCUCCCUUUUGCCGUCUCUGCCCAAGCUGUCCAGCUUAAGUAGUCUUAGCAAAGCCUCUGAACAUGGGAAUGGGGUGACCUUCAGAUCCGGGGAUGAUGUUAACAUGGAUAUUGGAGUAUCUGGUUUUGGACCUGAGUCUGCUAUUGACAGAUCAAUGGCGAUGAGUGAACAUUUUGCCAUGGACCUGGGGAAGCCACCCAUAAUAUUUGAAAACCCGACAUAUGCCUCCAAGGACACUGCCGUCAAAGUGGCUCAGCCAGCAGCCACCCCGGUAACUGAAUCUGAAAAUGUGUAUAACAAAAACUAUGGAAGUCCCAUAAACCCCGCUGAAUUAGCUCCAGACACAAAGCCGACUUCCCCAAGUGCCGAUGAAACUCAGGCAACAAAAUGGAGUAUCUUCAAGCGAAAACCAAAACAAAAUGCCAACUUUGAAAAUCCAUUCUAUUCCGAGAUGGAGAACGAACCAAAAGUCAGUACUGUCGUGACCCCACCUCCAUCACCUUCUCCCGCUGCUAAGACUUCUUGGAAAAAAGGCUCAACUCCAACCUACAGUGCAACAGAAGACACAUUUAAAGACACCGCAACUCUUGUUAAAGAAGACUCUGAGGCAUAGCUGGGCCAGCUAUUUAGGGAAUAAUUAGAAACACACUUUUGUGCACAUACUUUUUUUUACAAACAGAUGAAAAAAAUGAACAUUCUGUACUUUAUUAAAAAAAUAUAUUUUUCCCCUGUAUUCCUGUAGUUGGAACUGUUGAUGGAAACCAUGCCUUGUGUGUCUUUUUUAUUCAUCUCAUAUUUUUACGAAUAAUUAUCACAGUGUACUAUAUGUAUAUCUUUGCACUGAAGCUGUCUGAAGGUAAUGCUAUAAAUAUAUUGUACAUUUGUAAAUUUUGGAAAGAUUACCACAUCAUUAAAUUUGCUAAUGAAAGUACCUGCUGAAUUGAUAGGCGAUCAUUACAUUAAAUGAUCCCUUGAAGAAAGGAAUUGACUUGGGGCCUUUCGCCAUGUCAACAGAAGAGGCACCCCUCCUCGUCCCUGUAGAAUUAUCAAGAAAGGGAGUCCAGGCCCCACUCUUGGGUCCAUUUUCACACAUCGGCACUUAAUGUUCAAUAUUACAUGUAACCUGAUGAAUAGUCUGUUGGAAGAGAUGCAGAUAACAUGGAAGGUAGAAGAAGCAAUUCCAUUCCACCCUUCUGCGUGUUUGUGUUGUGUAACCCUCGCACUGUUUCCUGUGUGUCAUCUCCCUAGCUGCCAGGUCAACAU